AUGAAAAGGGGUAGACAGAUUAAGAGGAAGCUUCCUAAAGUUAAUCGCACUCUGGCUAACAGUCUUGAGGAUGAAGAAGCUGACAAUUUGAAGGAGGAUGUUGAUGGCGUUGAUGCGAAGAAGACAUCAAAGAAGAAGAAAGGACUGACCAGUGACAUAAUGAAAGAUGAACGUUUCAAGAGCAUAUUUGAAAUUGGGGACUUCGAAAUUGAUGAAAAUUCUCACGAGUAUCGGGCAUUGCAUCCUAUGCCUUCCUUAAAGCAACCAUCUUUAGUGGAGGAACAUUUUGAACCUGUGAUGGGCGGUGAGGAGCCUAGUGAUUCUGAUGCAUCUGAAGAUGAACAAGUAAAUGAAAACAAUUCUAGAAAGAAGUCCAAAGUUCCGAGAAGGCAUGAAGUCAAGGAUGAGAGGCAUGCAGAUGCAUUCAGGAACCAUGUUUCACUUACAAAGGAAGAUGCUCUUCCACUGGGUGAAAGGGUUGCAGCUUUGUCGAAUGACCGAGCUUCUCGUGAUAUGAACAAUAUCAGGGUGGGGCCCGGAGGUUCAAGAGAAGUUUCCUUUGUUUCCAUAAGCUCAGCGAAGUAUGUGGAAGAUGAAGGCGAGAGGGAAACACGAACUGAAAAGAGAAGAGGGAUCUAGUCCUUGAAACUGAAGCCUGAGAGAUCAUGUUUUCAGGGAUCGGGUUCCCGAGGCCGGGGGAGAGGAAGGGGAAGAGGUCGUGGAAUGGGCAGAGGAAGAGGGAGACGAUAAAUUUUACAUACAGUAUUAACAACUUUUGUGUCAAAGUAAGGAUGCUAACUUUUACUCCUUAAAACUUGUUUGGUGGCGUACUUUUAUAAGUAAUGAUACAGAAUGGGCUGAGCAAGAUGGUACACACAACACAAUACAUAUUUAUGUUCCAUGCUGCAAAUCUACGCCAUUUCAUAUAUUAGUGCAAAUAUGAGUCAAGAAAGGGAUGAGUUUUCAGAUAGUCUUUUGCAGGCUGCCCUUAGCAUUAAGCAAUCAAUACCUUCAAAAUAUUAUGCCUAAAUCCACUAUGAUCUUCAUGUUAACAAUUAUUGUUGAAAACUUGAAAUAUUUCUUGCUUGAUGUUGGUCCUUUAUUGAAUUUGCAGAUCAUGUGCUUUAAAGCUGAUAUUUUUAGUUGGUCUAUUGCUUUGUUUCCCUUUUCCUUUCUCUUGAGAAGUUAUUCAACGUUUCGAACGCCUCCUUAAGUGAACCUGUCACUUGAUUAGUGCUGAAAAUACUGAUUACAAUUAUUGUCAUAUGGAUGAAAUAUCAUUUCUUACGAGAUUGUGUAUCCGUACAACAAAUUUGUGUUCAAAUAAAAAAGGUGCAAAGUUCAGAUUUACCGUUGGAAAUGAUUUUACAGUAUGCAUAAGUUCAGUGUCCUUAACUCUUUCGUGUCUACUUGUCAGAGGAUAUCAGGAGCAUCAUUAUUUAUUGUUGCAAAUCGUGAUACAUCCAAAGUGCUCUUUCUCCAGAAGAAAUAGCAAAAGGUAAGGAAGCUGCCUGUUCUACCUUUAAUUAUGUUUUUUGUUUUUUGGUCAUGGGCUUUAAUUAUGUUGAUGAACAAUGAAGUGAAAUUCUUUUCGCUGAAGUUAAACUAUAUCUAACUAAAGUAAAAUUCUGAAUUGAUUAACAGUUUGCUAUAUCUGCAUAUGUAAUGCAACUGAAAAAUGACAAUCUUAAAUCGUGGCCUUUGACUAUGAGAAGGACAGGAGUUUCAGAAAUGCAUAAGCACUCUAUGAAUGUUCUUCUGACAUUUUCUUUUAUAAUAUGGACAGGCUUUUAAAACCCAAUUCAAUAUCAACCAUUUAAAAUUUAGCUCUACAUUUUGUGAGACAGUCAUCCUCUUCAAAUUCUCCUGAUUUAGGUGCUUAAUCUGGAGGCCGUGGACAAAAGUUUACACUGGAGAAUUGUGGGGUGUAGUGCAUUCAUCGGACAAGGUCUAUUUGAGGAUUUGAUUGGCUGGUGCUAGACAUUGUCUUGGAUCUAUAUGCUUUGUUUGUGUGAUGUUUGCAUCAAAAUUUUGUUUAUAGAUGUAAGAUAAGAGUAUCGUGUAGGAAAUUUUACUGAUACUUCUGCUUAUCUAUGCACUGCUCAAGUGACGUGUGAGGAAAUUUUUUGUAGUUCUGUUCAACUAUGUUCAGGGCCUCUGUUCUUCUCUUCUAGCAUU